UCUCUGGCUGAGCAGUCCGCUUUGAGAAGCCGAUGCGAUCGGUUGGGACGGUACCUUUUUCGGGAGCCCAAGUGACUUUCAGAGUCUGUGUGUGUAUAUGAUAAAAACUGGCAAAGUGUACGCUGUGAAAAUCAAGUAAUUGAAUGCAAACACCCUAAACGUAAAUAAUAUAUCAAAACUGCAAUGUCCGCAAAGACUUCUGUGUGGCUUGCAUUCUUUUGCGCCCUUGGCUGCCUAAUUCAUGAUGUCGAUUUACGGAAUAUCCAACCAAAGGCAUCACAGUGCGGCUAUCAGAGCUGCCAUGCAACGAAACCGAAUAUGUUGAACGUUCAUCUAGUGGCCCACACACAUGAUGAUGUCGGAUGGCUGAAAACCGUUGACCAAUAUUACUAUGGCAGCGAAACUAGGAUUCAGAAAGCUGGAGUGCAAUACAUAAUCGAUUCGGUUGUGGAGGCCUUGCUGAGGGAUCCCGAGAAACGAUUCAUAUAUGUUGAGUCCGCCUUCUUCUUCAAAUGGUGGAAGGAGCAGACUACCAAAGUCCAGGAUGCGGUAAAGAUGUUGGUGGAACAAGGUAGACUCGAGUUCAUUGGCGGCGCUUGGAGCAUGAAUGACGAGGCCACCACGCACUACCAAAGUGUGAUUGAUCAAUUUUCUUGGGGAUUGAGACUUUUGAACGAUACCUUCGGAGAGUGCGGACGUCCGCGAGUUGGAUGGCAAAUAGAUCCCUUCGGUCACUCCAGGGAAAUGGCCUCUAUGUUCGCGCAAAUGGGUUUCGAUGGUAUGUUCUUCGGACGAUUGGACUACCAAGAUAAGGACGAUCGUCUCAUGACCAAAAAUGCCGAAAUGAUAUGGCACGGAUCUGCCAAUCUGGGAGAGGAAUCGGAUCUGUUCAGUGGCGCUCUGUAUAAUAACUACCAGGCACCAGAUGGUUUCUGUUUCGAUAUUCUAUGCAGCGAUGCCCCCAUAAUUGAUGGCAAACACAGCCCCGAUAAUAAUGUUAAAGAGCGCGUGGACACCUUCUUGGAGUAUGUUACGAAAAUGUCCGAACAUUUCCGCACUCCCAACGUGAUCCUUACCAUGGGUGAGGAUUUCCACUACCAAAACGCCGAUAUGUGGUACAAGAAUCUGGACAAACUGAUUAAGUAUGCCAAUGAGCGUCAGGCGAAUGGUUCGAACAUAAACCUACUCUACUCGACCCCGUCGUGCUAUCUGAAAUCGCUGCACGAUGCUGGCAUUACUUGGCCCACCAAGAGCGAUGACUUCUUCCCAUACGCCUCCGAUCCCCAUGCCUACUGGACGGGCUACUUCACCUCGCGUCCCACUUUGAAGCGCUUCGAGCGGGACGGCAAUCAUUUCCUGCAAGUCUGCAAGCAGCUUAGCGCCCUGGCCCCCAACAAACCGGAAGAAUUCGCUCCCCACCUGACCUUCAUGCGCGAGACCCUCGGGAUAAUGCAGCACCACGAUGCCAUCACUGGAACGGAGAAGGAGAAGGUUGCUCUGGACUAUGCCAAGCGGAUGAGCGUGGCCUUCAGGGCCUGCGGUGCUACCACUCGAAAUGUGCUGAAUCAAUUGACGGUGAAGUCGAGGGAGAAUGUCAAGGAUACGUCGGCCAAAUAUGUGUUUGAGUUCAAGACCUGCCCGUUGCUGAACAUCACCUCCUGUCCCGUUUCCGAGGUGAACGACCGAUUCACGCUAACUCUUUACAAUCCCCUAGCGCACACUGUCAAUGAGUAUGUGAGGAUUCCCGUAGCAGAUCCCAGUUACAAGAUCAUCGAUAACAAGGGUGUGACUUUGGAAACUCAAGCUGUACCAAUCCCACAAACACUAAUCGACAUUAAGCACAGAAGUUCUACGGCCAAAUAUGAACUAGUUUUCCUGGCCACCAACAUUCCUCCUCUGGGUUACCGAACGUACUAUGUUGAAAAACUAGACAGCACUGAAGGUAGAACAAAGACAAGGGCUUUGCCGAAGAGCACUUCCAGCGUUACAGUAAUUGGUAACAGUCACAUUAAACUUGGCUUCGACACCAAUGGUUUCCUCUCCGAAGUAACUGCUGACGGUCUAACCAGAUUGGUCAGCCAGGAGUUUUUGUUCUACGAAGGUGCCGUUGGAAAUAAUGCCGAAUUCCUGAAUAGAUCAUCUGGGGCCUACAUCUUCCGACCCAACGAAAACAAGAUUCACUUUGCCACCGACCAGGUGGAAAUUGAAGUGUACAAGGGCGAUUUAGUACACGAGGUCCAUCAGAAGUUCAACGAUUGGAUUAGCCAGGUGGUGAGGGUCUACAACAAGGACUCCUAUGCGGAGUUCGAGUGGUUGGUUGGACCCAUUCCCAUCGACGAUGGCAUCGGCAAGGAAGUCAUUACUCGCUUUAACUCCGAUAUUGAGUCAGAGGGCAUUUUCCAUACCGAUUCCAAUGGUCGCGAAAUGAUUAAGAGGAAACUUAACCACCGUGAUACGUGGAGCGUGAAAAUCAACGAGGAAGUGGCUGGCAAUUACUACCCCAUUACGACCAAAAUAGAUCUGGAGGACGAUACUGCCCGCAUGGCCAUUCUGACUGACAGAGCCCAGGGAGGUAGCUCCUUGAAGGAUGGAUCCCUGGAACUGAUGGUUCACCGUCGCCUACUGAAGGACGAUGCCUUUGGUGUGGGCGAGGCUCUGAAUGAAACUGAGUUUGGAGAUGGUCUGAUUGCUAGGGGCAAGCACCAUCUGUUCUUUGGAAAGUCCACUGACCGCGAAGGUGUUUCCCUCAAGGCAAUUGAGAGACUAACCCAACUGGAGAAACUGCUGCCCACGUGGAAAUUCUUUAGCAACAUGGAGGCCUACACUGCCGAUGAAUGGCAGACGGCCUUUACCAAUACUUUCACGGGAAUUUCAUUGGUCCUGCCUAAACCCGUAAAUCUUCUUACCCUGGAACCUUGGCACGAGAACCAACUCCUGGUGCGAUUCGAGCAUAUAAUGGAGAACGGAGAGGAUGCUUCGUACUCCAAGCCCGUGCAGUUCAAUGUUAAGAACGUCCUAAGUGCCUUUGAUAUCGAGGGUAUCCGGGAGACAACUCUGGAUGGUAAUGCCUGGUUGGACGAAGCUCGACGACUGCAAUUCGUCCCAGAUCCCGAGCAAGCCGCAUUUAACACAUAUGCCACAUUCUCCCAACCGGCUGAGUCCGUUCACCUCCUAAGUGCCGAGAAACCUAUGCUGGGUGUUAAGUACGCAGAGGAAGCUCUGCCAGCCGGUCAACUGGGUGCCCAGAGUAACCGAAUUAAGCGCGAAAUUAAUUCAGAACAGAAUCCGGCUGAGGGUCGAUCGUCCAAGUCAACGGAGGGUGCCUAUAAUUCCUUCAAGGCAGAUAGUGACAAUAAGGAUUACAUCAUCGAAAUAAGCCCAAUGGAGAUCCGUACAUUCAUAGUAUACUUAACACCUGCUUAA